AUGUAUUGUCAAAAGUGCCGCACACCGCUCAAGCUUGAUGGGUCUCUCGAGGCUCUCAAUCCUGCCGCCUUCGACCUACUUGUUGGUUCUACAGGGAAGUCUCUUCCAGAGCAUCCUGACCAUGCGACCUCUCAUAUACAAGCUUAUCCUCACGAACGUCGCGAGUCGUACGAUCGUGUCUCCAGACAUGCCAAUGCUCCUAUAUAUCGACGCUCAAUCCCCCCACCGCGCGAUGGCGGCGCACAUCCAGCACCCCCGAAACUGAGUCAUGGUGAGAGCAGUGGUGGGAUGUCUUUUGUGAUGCUUUCCGAAUCUCAACUUGCGCCGCCACAACUGUCUACUGGGAUGAAUGGGGAUGGUUUUGCGUCGCACGCGCAAGGCAACGGAGUUGCAAAGACGACCGCUGGCCGCGAGACAAAGCACCAAUCAUUAUCGGACGAGGCUGAAAAAGCCGCGAGAUUGUUCGAUAUCAUUUCUGCCCGUUCCGAUAUCGACCAUCCAAUUUGUACGGAAUGUACCGACCUACUUGUGGAGGGACUACAUAAGAGGCUGGCGAGUACUACGAAGGAACGGGAUGCAUACAUCUCAUUCUUGAAGAAUAUUAAUGCAUCAAUACCGACAGAGGCCGAAGUGGAAGCAGCCGAGAAAAGUCUAAAGUCUACAUUGCAGGAAGAGGAAGCCGCUUAUCAGGAACUGCUCGCUUUGGAGAAAGAAAAGGCCGAUCUCGAUCGCGAAAUAGCCGAUCUGGAGGAGGAAUCACGACAAUUAGAUCUUGACGAAGAGGAGUUUUGGAGGGAGCGCAAUACAUUCGCGCUAUCUUUGACUGACUUUCAGGAUGAACGAGAUGCUCUGAAUAUGCGAUAUGACCAUGACUCAAGGCAGCUUGAAAGACUUCAAAGAACCAAUGUUUAUAACGACGCCUUUUGUAUCGGCCACGAUGGAUUUUUUGGAACCAUCAAUGGACUACGCCUGGGUCGUCUGGCGAACCCAUCUGUCGACUGGGCAGAAAUCAACGCGGCCUGGGGCCAAACGUGUCUCCUGCUAGCGACAAUAGCCGAGAAGCUGGAUUUUCAGUUCCGUGGUUACCGUUUGAAGCCUAUGGGAUCCAAUUCAAAGAUUGAGAAAUUCGAAGAUUCAGCGCAGAACUCAAGCCAGUCAUCUAGUCAAGCAGUGCCAGGUGCGGACAGUUCGUCCAGCGCUCAAAAGUCUACUGUCCUCGAUCUUUUCUCGUCUGGUGACAUGCCAUUGAACCUCCCAUGGAUCCAUCGACGUUUUGACGCUGGAAUGGUCGCCUUUUUGGAAUGUCUGCGCCAAUUGGGUGUAUAUGUUGAAAACACUCCUGUGCCUGCAGCCAGCCGGCGAGGACAGCAGGGUAUCAACACAACGGGUCUCAAGCUUCCCUACGAGAUUAAGCGCGACAAGAUCGGUGAUGCAAGCAUCAAGCUGGGAUUCAAUCAGAAUGAUGAGACUUGGACACGAGCAUGCAAGUAUACACUUACGUGUUGCAAGUUUCUCUUGGCUCAUGCUAGCAAUGUGGCGAGUAUAGCUGCCAGCAAUUCGCCUGCACUGGGCGGCCCGACUAGCCCAUCUACAAGUCAAAGAGAUGCAAGAGGUCAGACUUCCAAGUGA